AUGGACAGAGAUAGAGACAGCCGCCGCGAUGACCGCCGCCGUCGCGAAGAUACCCGCGACCACCGCCCACGCUACGACCGCGAACGCUCCCGCUCACCACCACCCCGAGACCGCCGCCCAGACACCCGUCGCGAUCGCACACCCACCCGAACCUCCACCCGUCCUAACCCUGACCGCCGUGAUCGCGACCAGCGCCCACGCGACACGACCCGAGAGCGGGAACGCAGCCCCCCACCACCGCGGCGGCCAGACCAGCGCGGCCCCCUCAACUCUCGUGCGCCAAAUACAGCGCCGGCAAAGGACACCCAAAUGACCAAUGCGCCUGACGAGGACUUAGAUCCCGAGGAGCAGAUGAAGCGGAUCAUGGGCUUCUCGAAUUUCCGCAGUACGAAGAACACCAAGGUGCCCGGGAAUGAUAAGAACUAUGGGGUGUGGAAGGAGAAGAAGACGGAGUAUCGGCAGUAUAUGAAUCGGACGGGUGGGUUUAACCGGCCGUUGUCGCCUGGGCGGCAGUGA